UGGUAGCUUUGUAUCAAACACAUCUCUGGAUCACCGUAGAAAAAUACCGCUAAACAUUGAAAUGACUUGAUUGUUUUUGAUUCGAAAUUAAGCAUGAAAUAUUGUGAAUAACAGAUAGCUUUUCGAUUUUUAAAGUGCUGUAGACGUUUCUAAACAUCGGAAACUAUCUCUCCGAGUAUAAUUUUUCAUGGUUCUUCAAUCACAAAGCAAGAUGGAUCGUUUCAAUUUCUUGCCCUCUGUGAAUUGGAACAUCUCUCACAUGCUUGUUGUGAGUGAAGAUGGUACAACUUGCGCUUUUGGUAGCAGAGGAGAUAUCAUAAUCUUGAAGAAUGUCGAUAAAGAUAACCUGAACGAAUAUGAAACCAAAUUCAUUCCGAAAGCGCAUAAGAAUUUCAGAGUUAUGGGACUAAGUUUCGUAAAGAUCGAAUUAGAAGAUGAAAUUGUCGAAUCUUUGGUUUCUUGCGGUGACGAUGGGCGUAUUAAAGUUUGGAACAUCGAGACUGGAACCACUACUCAUAAAUGUUUGUAUAAAAAGAACGCUAAUACUGGUAUGAAACUUGUUGAUCUCGAUGUGUUUCCUCAAAAUAACUGUGUAGUCACAGCAGCGGAAAAUGGCAGUGUGCUCAAGUGGCACAUUGAAGCGAACAAAGCAUGGAUUUACAACGUGGAUCCUAAAAUUGUGAUAAAUUGCGUAGCUGUGUGUCCACAUGUUGAAGAUUUAAUCGCUAUUGGAGCUCAAUUCGGAUUAGUUUUGAUUUAUAGUUUGAAAGGCCAAGGCAAAUUAAGACAUCGAAUUCGUUGCCACGAUAACGCGGUUUUCUCGGUAUCCUGGUGUCCAGUACCUUACAAUGCUCUUCAGCUCAGCAAACUUAAAGAAGAUGCUGAUUUUGAUGAAGAAGAAUGGAAGAAGAAAGAUAAAACGUUGCUUCUCGCUUCGUGCUCAAAAGAUCGUAGCGUUUAUAUUUGUAAAGCUGGUACUAAUGGAUAUUGUGAAGCUGUCCUUACGUUACCAUCGAAACCCGUUACUAACGCUUCUCGGCAAGGGAAUAUUCCGAAUUCAGAUCGCGGCCGUUAUCUCAAGUGGAUUUAUCCUUCGGUUUUGCUCACAUUUUCAGAUUUUAACGAAAUGAUCGCUGUUUAUAUGUUCGCGAAAAAUGAGCAGAAGUCAGAUCCAAGGCAGAAAAUGAAGGUGUCGAGUGUUAAAUUUGACGUGAAACCACUUCAUAAUGUGCAUAAGAGAAAUAUUAGUAAUUUUGCUGUUCAUUUGAACAGUCUCGAAGAAGUGGAUUUUAGAGUAUGGUCUUGUAGUGCAGACCGCCUUCUGGUCCGUAGUGGGUAUCGAGUUAAUUAUAAAGAAAGAACAGUUAUAUUACCUCUGGUCUCCGGUUAUAUCUUUUGCAUGGAUAUAAGUCCACAAAAUCCUGAUUUACUAGCUAUCGGUACCGGCGACGGAAAAAUAUAUGUUUGGAAUUUGAGUACGGAUAAUUAUGUCGAUAUUUCCACAUUAUCGAAAAAGAUCGAUAAUAAAGUAAUGAGUAUUCGUUGGCAUCCUGUUUAUGAAGGCGUCCUAGCAUUUGGUACUUACGAAGGUAGAGUUGGAAUUUUUGAUUUAUCGCAAGGACGAACCAUACCAACUUUAUUCAAAUUAUUCCACAAUAAACCAAUUUACAAGUUAUGCUGGGCACUUCCAACAGUUUCGCAACGUACGAGCGAAACACAAGCAAAGGAAAUGCAUUUGUUUGCUGUUGGUAAUGGAGAUAUACUGCAGUUUAAUCCUUCUAAUCCGAAUGAAAUGCCUGUAAGUUUAAAUGCUGAAGCACUUGUUCAAAUAGAUGAGGCUAGCAAGUGUAAACAUAAAAGUGACUUAUGCUACGAUGCAGACAGAAAAUUAGUAGCUAUUGGAUUAAGCAAUGGCGAUGUUUGUAUUUGCUGUGCUGAGUCUUUUAAAUUACAUCAUACGAUCACCGAACAACCUAAAGCUAUUAUGUCUCUCGCUUGGCACCCGAAAAUUGUUUACGACUGUCCCAGUGAAACAUCCCCUUAUUCUAACUGGUUAGCUACUGCCGGAGAAAAUGUAAUCGUUUAUAGCAUCAAUCCUGAGAGUAGCGACAGUCCGAGAAAAAUAGCCAGUUUGGACGUUCAUACCAGUAGAGUAUUAGGUGUUUCUUGGAGUCCCCAUAUGAAUGGACGUCUUCUCACAUGUUCAGCUGAUAACACUGCCAUUAUUUGGGAUGUUGUAAAUCAAACUAUUAUUGGUCGUUAUUCCGAACAUUGUGCUCAAGUGCUAUGUGGCGUUUGGAGUCCAAUUAAUAAAGAUACAGUCAUCACGGGAUCGGCCGAUUUUACGUGUCGUAUGUGGAGCAUAUCGAAAGAUACAGUGAAUAAAAUUAAUGAUUCUAAAAAGAAGAAAGAUAAGAUAAUUGAACCAACGAUUUUGAACGCUUCUAGUCUCAAUGAAAGUGUUACGAUUGAUACACCUUCGACGUCAUUUGUGAAAAAUUCUAAAAGUCAGACUCUGUUUCCUUCUGUGAAUCAAGAUUUCCAUCAAAGUCCUUUGUUAGAGAGAAUAUUUGCUAGUGCUGUACUAAAUAAGUUAUCUAGCGACGAAGUCCUAAACAAAUCAUCAACUUUGGACAAAAGCAACGAGGAACCAGUGAAAGUUACGUCAGAUGAUUCCAAAGCGAUAGACAAUGGAAAUCAUGAUGAAGAUGAAACCAAAUCGAUGAAUGGAAAAGUUGACCAAAAAAGUGGACCGGAAUCAAAAAGCGUAGAUUGUGAUUACGCGCAAGUGUUCGGUACUGACGAUGAAUUGUUGAAAUUGGUUCUACACGAGGAAAAAGCAUUGGAAUCUUCCGGAAAUACGAGCGAAUUUUUGAUUUUAAAUCAGGCUCGUUUCGAUUUGAGCAAUACAAUUAAAGAAGCUAUUAAUAAAAAUCAAGUUACCGAACAAUUAUUAGCUCUGGCGCCUUCAGUUUCUCCAAAAUUAUGGAGAGAAGCUUGUCAAGUUUACAUCGAACAAAUGAUCAAAUCUGAUAAUAUAUUCCAAGCAGUCAACUAUCAGUUAGCUCUAAGCAAAGACGACGAAGCUAUUGAAUUAUUAUGCGAGAAAAAUCGAUUUAAAGAAGCUUUCGUAUUAGCUAGAUUACGUGCGAAAGAUGAAUCUGUGAAAAACGUUCUGGAAAGGUGGAUCAGUUACUGUUACAAUUGCGGAUUGUAUCGACUCGGAGCACAUUGUUACAUGUAUCUUAACGAAGAAGAAAACGCUUGCACGAUUUUAAAUAAGUCCAAGCUUUCCAAAGAUACAAUCUUGGCGAUAAAAUUAUUGAAAUUUUAUCAACCCGGCAGAGCCAAAGAAUUAGCCAUCGAAUGUUUUAAGAAACAUUUUUCGCAGCUUACUCCUACGGAUGUUCAAAUUCUUUUCGAGGAAUUCCCCGAAAUUAAGUUUUUAGAACCUUGGUACUUGGCGUUCAAGUAUUUCAAAGAACAAGCUCCAAAUACUGCUGAUGUUACCAAGUGGUUGCUUGGUAUGUUGAGUGAGAAUUCUUUGACCGUUUCAACAGCUGAUGUAAAUUACGAAAAAUUACGUGCUGCUGUCGUGGAUAACACAUUUAACAUGAAUUAUGAUCAGCUGAUGACAUAUGUGAGUGCUCUGGCAGCUUUAUAUGUUAGUGGAAUUUCCAGCCAAGAAAGUACGCCAUCUGCGUUACGUAGUUUUAUUCGAGGACUAUCUCAUUGCUAUAAUUAUAAAUUAAUCAAUAGUAAUAGAACCUUAUCUGACGCUGCUUAUCCAUUGAUGCGUUUGCUGAAACUGAUGUUCCCAGAAGGUUUAUUUCAAAAAUUCAACUCAGAGCAAGAGACUGACGACACUAACAAAAUGUUGUGUAAAAGUAUCAAAGCAUACUAUUGUGAUUUUGUUUUCACCUGGCUGGUUCAAUGCGAAGAUUUACCAAAAUCAUUGAAGACCAUAGUUGAUCAAAAUGAAGAAUUAGGCGAUGGAGAUAAAAAUUCCGAAAAGCAGACCCUUCUCAAUGGUUUAGAACCUUUUAAAGAUCGUUUCACCGUAAUUUGCGAUAAAAAAACCAAACUCCAAAAGGUUGUAGAGUUAUUAUCGUUGUACAUUGGCGACGUACUGGAUAGCGCUACCGUUGCCUAUUUUAGAGAAUGCGUUAUGUUGAAAAAACUUGAAAAUUCCCUAACCUCGAAAACCAGCUCGCCAGACAUAAAGAAACCCGAUGAUAUUAAAGCUGGCCGACAAUCAUUCGGCGAUACAAGAUCGAGAAAAUCUUGGCGAUUAUCGAUCGAUGAAUUGGAGAUCGAAAAAGAUUCAUCUAUAGCUGGUCUAUCGUUGGAUCGUAGCAACGUUUCAGAAGCGUUGGAAGAUCUCUCAAUUACGGAUAAAAAAUUGACAACAGAUUUGAACGGAAUAGCCUCAUCGGGCUCUUAUUCGAGCGAAAGUCAAAUGGCCGAAAUUAAAAUGUUGAAAGAUCUCAUCGACGAAUUCGAGAAACAACGAAUAUCCGCUCCUAAUCCGUUCUAUUUUCAUUGCAUCGCUAAAGAGUAUUUAGAAAAUAGUAAAGGAUUAGACGACGAACUUACUUCCAAGUUGGAAGAAUUGAUAAUGCGUAAUGCACUGAAAUGCGGUAUUAUUGAUCAAGACUGAAUAUCUUCGUAAGAAAGGAAUAUUUCCGGUAUGGCUGUUUUCUAUUAUUACUUUUAAAGUUUUAAUCUUUUUCCUGUGAAAUUUUUAACAAGUUUUUUUUUUCAUUUUUUUUUAGAAGCGUGCCUUUUUUCAUUUUUAUUUUAAUAAUUUAUUUCAUUCUGUUACGAUGAAUAAAUAUUUUUUUAUUUAAA